UCUUCCCUCUCUGGUCUCCCUCAGUUCACCCCGCAGCAGUUGCCGUCCGGCUCCAAGGUUUCUCUUUCAGACAUGGCCGCGAAAGUGUGCAGACUCCUGCUGUCCCGGAGCAGCGUCGCCGUAGCUUCUCCUUUUCCCGUGCUUGGUGUCUCCUCACAUCGGCAACACCAGCACACAGGAACGGACACGCUGUCUGGACCCUUUGUCCACCAGAGUGUGAGAAGAGGACACAGCCUGAGGUCCUCUGGCAGGGCAACACUUUUCAGCCAGCCCAGGGCUCCUCUACCUCCACAGGGCUGGAAGGGAACUCCGACAUGGCCGACUCAGAGGCUGCUGUGCUCACCUGCUGUUUCAGAAGAGGUGACGGUGGUGUAUCAUAACAGCCUGCCGGUGAUCUCGGUGAGGCUGCCGUCUCGAAGGGAGCGCUGUCAGUUCACUCUAAAGCCCCUCAGCGACAGCGUGGGCAUCUUCCUUCAGCAACUGCAAGCCGAGGACCGGGGUAUCGACCGAGUCGCUAUCUAUACCACAGAUGGCGCGAGGAUAGCUUCCUCUACGGGGAUUGACAUUUUGCUGCUGGAUGACUUCAAGCUGGUCAUCAAUGACACCACGCACCUUGUGCGGCCACCCAGAAGAGAACUGUUGGCACACGAGGAGGCAGAGCGGCUGAACGACGUUAAGCUUCUGGUGCAGCAGCUCUACACUACUCUGCGCAUAGAGGAGCAUCAGCUGAACAAAGAGAAGGAGCUGAUUGGCCGACUGGAGGAUCUGAACUCCCAGCUCCGUCCACUGGAAAAGGUGAAAGAGGAGCUGAGCAGGAAAGCAGAGCGUCGGACCACCUGGGUGCUGUGGGGAGGCAUGGCGUAUAUGGCCACCCAGUUUGGCGUGCUGGCACGGCUAACCUGGUGGGAAUACUCGUGGGAUAUCAUGGAGCCCGUCACUUAUUUCAUCACCUAUGGCACAGCCAUGGCCAUGUAUGCUUACUUUGUGCUCACACGCCAGGAGUACAUCUACCCUGAUGCCAGAGAUAGACAGUAUCUGCUGUUCUUCCACAAGGGAGUGAAGAGGACACGCUUUGACAUCGAAAAGUACAACAAACUGAAGGACGCUAUCGCUGAGGCCGAGUUGGACCUGAAGCGCCUGAGAGAUCCUCUCCAGCUGCACCUCCCCAUCCAGCAGAUUAGCACCAGCAAGGAUUGAUCUGAGGAAGUGAAAGCCUCCCUUCCUCCUUCCCUCUUUCCUUCUCCCUUCUCUUUCCUUCCCUCUUUCCUCUCUUUCUCCUUUUUCCCUUUAUCUCUUUCAGCCCAUUCUUCUUUCUUUUUGUUUUGUUUGUUUCCCCUGCCACCUCUUUCAAUUUUUUUUUCCUUUCUGAAAUGAAAUGGAGUUUGUUUUAAUUACUACUGUUUUUAUGUUCUAUAAUUUGAUUUUGAAAACUGCUUCAAACACGGCGAGUCAAAGUAGAGGAGGAGGGGACGGAAUGAAAUCCAACGAAAGAAAGAAUGACACCUGAAGCCCCUCUGCUGGAGGUGCUGGAGGGCAAACUUGCUGGUUGUGCCUGCAGACCUGUGCGCUCUGGUAACGCUACAGGAUCACAGAGAGAACAGCAGCAGCCUACAGGAAGCUCCUGAUGCCUAACAGGAAGUGACCUCUGGGUACGGACACACUAUCUCCCAGACAUGCUGAAAACAAUACAUGCAGACACAUGCUCUGUGGUUCAGCACCUCUUAAACGUACUUUUAAAAUAAAAACCUCUAAAGACCUAUUUUUUACAGUGGAGUUGUAUAUCUGGCACAGGAAAGAUCUUGGGCCUUUGGGCUUUUUUUUCUCCAGCCCUGGACAUUGUUGUUGGGGGGACAAUCAAAUGCAGGAGAGCUAUUUUUGACCCAACGUCCCUGCGUGUGGAGCAGAGUUGUCCUCUGUCUUCCCCUCUGUCCCCUCCUGUCCUUUAGUGGCUGGGACUCUGGACUGCCGCCACAUCUCCCUGUGUCUCCAGUUGCAUUCUUAGCAUGACUGACACGCUCUGCCGUGCAAACGACAGGGCAGUAACAGAAGUCCAACCACACUGCUGCUAAGUGUGUACAAGGGGGGAAAAAAGGGGUCACGUGAUGAGCAUCAUUUCCUGUACAGACCUGUUGCAAGCUGCAGACCAGAGAUCUACCGGCUAAACAUCACUGUGUGUUCAAUUAUUCAAAAGAAAAAAAACAGAGAGGAAAACAAAAUAAAAAAAAAACAAAACAAUUUUGGCACUUUUUAUUUUGAAAGCCAUAUUAUAUUAUAUUAUAUUAUUAUAUUAUAUUAUUAUAUUUGUUAUGAUGGGUGAGGAAAUCUGUUUCUUUAAUAUUGGUGGAGGAGUUCUUUUUUUUCUUCUUCUUCUUCUUGUCAUGUUGUCAGCAUUGCACAUCAGUACACCGCCCGGAUCAGGCCAUUUUCCUCAUACGUGAAGCUACGGAUAUCAGUUUUCAAAAUUAGCACGCUUCCAGCGCACAUAAUGUUUCAACACAAAUGCAGUCUAUGAACGGUGACAGAGAACGAGUCCACAUAUGCGCCUUUUUCUUUGAAACCUGUGGAGAUUAACAGAGGAUUACACAAGUGACAGAUUCAGAAGGUUUCCUCUUCUUUUCUGUGCCAGAAAACUGUUACCCACAGUGCCUCACAGCACCCCGUGCAGCAUGCUGAUCAGGGCGCUCCUAUUCCCCUGUGCAGCCACGUUCUGGUCUCUCAGCCUCAGCCCCUCUACGAGCCAGACACAUCCAUCCUUCAAGAUUUUUUCCUGGGCUGUUUACUGUAUCAUACAAUUGCGUGUCAAAUAAAAAUAAAAUAAAAAAAAGAGUGACAAAAUCUAGCUGUACAGCUGCACAGCUCCUCUGUAUGCCAAGAAUAUACCGAAGUGUGAAGAGAACCGUGUAAUAUAUUAGAUCCUAGACUUAGUUGGUUUCUCGCACUAUUUUACGGCAUGCUGUAGCGCGUGACUUUUGCAUCCUUUCAUCUAGAACAUGGCGUCUUUAGGGGACAGGCUUUAGAGCAGACGCAUUCUGAAGUAGUAAAAUCUGUGGACGGAAUAUCGGACCGCUUGGAUACGCACAUUUUUUGUUUUCUUUCAUUUUAAAUAGUUUCACAACAAGACAUCAGUGUAUUUCUUCUGGACAUGGUGCUCUGUUUAAAACCGAGUAGGAACAGCUUUCAGAUAUCUAACAGCCAUGCCCUCGCAGUAAUAUUUCAAAAGCCUAACUCUGCAUGUUGGCCUUGUGUGCUACAAAUGAGAAGUGUUUUUUUUCUUUUCUUACCUAAAAUGACCUUCUCUUCAUGUAGUUUAAAAUCAGUCCAGGCCUCCAGGCAGUCACAGCACUCAAGUCCAGUGGCUCGACAUCGCAAAGUGAGCUCCGGGAUUGUCAUGUUUCAUAGACCUGAAGCAGAACGGUGCUGUUUGAUGUAAUACAUGGCUUAUUAUUUAAUCAGCGAAAUGUCAUAGACCGUGCAUGACUGCAAGCCUGGAAAAUAUUUCACCGUGAUCCGAAGGAAUGUGUCUGGCAAAGUUUGACAUUUAUAGCAAAAAAGCACAAUCAUAUCAAUCCUAGAAAAAGGCCAGAUCUGAAUAGGCAAGCUGAAAUGGAGUUGUUGUGGAGACGGCUAGCCUGGAUGUGUGAAAUUGUAUUGGUGUAUGGUGUAUGGUGCAUGAUGAUCCAGCUGAAGCUGUCACAGGUGGCUCGAUAACGGCUUCUGUAUUUCAUGAGGAAGAGGUUUUGCUGCUCUCAGCUGUCAUUUAGAAAUGCUGUCACAGUAAGAACGCAUCACCGAUAUACGGCUUUGUCGAUAAGUACAGGCUGAUUGUCAGCGUAACUGUUUUUUUGUACAACUCCAUGAAUGCAUUUGAGUAAUUUCCAUCCAUACUGGUCCUAAUCAAUAGGAGUAAAUCAAUCCCCUCCUGUGGCCCCUUGGCCUCUUGUCCUCAUAUGGUCAAUAAUCAUAAAUCCUUGUAUGCUGUUGCACGCGCAGAGGAAAGCGAGGGCAGGGACAGUGUCCAAAAAACACUUCCUGGAAUGACCUGCAAAGCUGAUACCAAAAUCAUUCUCACUGUUCAAUGCCUCAGUCGUUAUCAUCAUUGAGCUUUUGGACUUUUUUGGUUGCUUGUUUUCUAUAAGGGUUUGCCUUUAUUUGCUUUGCCUUUUAUUUUAUACAAGAGUAUAUGUAAUAUAUGGAAUUUAUUCUAAAGCGGGUGUUGCAUGAAUGUAAUGUUUACAUGGGGAAAUUAUAUACAAAUGACCCAAAAAAGCUGCAAAGAUUACAGAAUACUGGUUUGUUGAGGAUUUAGUGCAGUUUUAAUUCCUUCCAUGUGCUCCGAGACUGCCCUGAAAGAUAGAUAGGCAGCCAACGUCCAGCCAUGCAACUCUUUUUCAUUAUUUAAUCAUUCUCUCUCUCUCUCUCUCUCUCUCUCUCUGUCUCUCUCUCUCUCCAUUUAUAU